CGCCCUUUAUAAGCUCCCUCCUCCACCGGCGUCUCCUCUCCAAAGUUCCCUCCCAAAUCCCCCGUUUCAAAGAAGAGAAGAGAAGAGAGUCCCCACCCCAAAUGGAGAGCAAUGCAGAGGCGGUGACCGUGGCGGCAGCGGCAGCGGCGGCGGCGGCUGCCGGAGGGUACGCGUGCGGCGGCGGCGGUGGCUGGGAGACGCCGAAGCGGGAGGAGUGCCGCAUCCCGGCGACGCUGCCCUGCCCCGCGGCGCCGAGGAAGGCCGUGCCGGACUUCGGGAAGAGGCGCGGCCCGCCGAAGAACGGCUACUUCCAGCCCCCCGACCUCGAGGCGCUCUUCGCUCUCGCGCCCCGCCGCCAGGCGUCCUCAUGCGCGUAGGCUCCUCCGGCUACGGCGGGGAGCUCCGCUUUAGAUUAAUUUUUGGGAGCUGUAGAUACUUUCGCUAUGCUUCUCUGUUGUACUCUAGGUAUUAGUGGUGGGAUUAGGGAGCGGCAGGAGGAGGGUUUAGGGAAUAGCAGGUAAGUAGGUAGGUAGGUGAUGGGGAGCUUGAGAUGAGAUGAGAUGAGAGGCAGGGCUCUCAUAAGCAUACUGUUUUUGAAUUCGUUCAGAUGAUAAAAAAUCUUUUCUUGGCACCUGCUUAGUUGGGCAUUCUUGCACUCUCUUUUGCUUGGAAGUGAUUGAUGUGCAAUCAUGAACUCAUGUAGCAGUGAACUUUGAUUCAGCCCUAUAAUG